ACAUAUAAAGCCCUCAAUUAUAUAUACACAUCCCUCCAUCCAUUAUUGUACACCAUCAUAUAUUCGUAAAAAAAAGGAAAAUUACAAAGAGAAAAAAAGAUGCAAAUAUUUGUGAAAACCCUAACCGGAAAAACCAUCACUCUCGAAGUCGAGAGUAGCGACACCAUUGAUAAUGUCAAAGCCAAGAUCCAGGACAAAGAGGGAAUUCCGCCUGAUCAACAAAGAUUGAUAUUUGCUGGGAAACAAUUAGAAGAUGGAAGAACACUUGCUGAUUACAAUAUCCAAAAGGAAUCGACGCUUCAUCUCGUUUUGAGAUUGAGAGGUGGAACCAUGAUCAAGGUCAAGACUCUUACAGGAAAAGAAAUUGAGAUUGAUAUCGAACCAACUGAUACAAUUGACAGAAUUAAGGAGCGUGUUGAAGAAAAAGAAGGGAUCCCUCCUGUGCAGCAAAGGUUGAUUUAUGCCGGGAAACAACUUGCAGAUGACAAAACAGCCAAGGACUACAACAUCGAAGGAGGGUCUGUUCUUCAUCUUGUUCUUGCACUACGAGGCGGUUGCUAAUCUUUAAAAGAUUCUGCCUGCUGCUAUGCUAUGUUAUCGAAGUUUACAUAAUUGAUGUCGCAUUUCAUCCUUAUUCUAUGACUGAGACGUGUCUUUAUACCCUCUUAUUUUGAUGAUGAUUUGCCCCCAUGACAAAUUUAUUUGUAUUUUAUGUGUACUCUCUAUUUGCUA